AUGCCGCUCCUCUUCCCCGCCACGCCGCCUCUGCCACUGUGCUGCGCCGCGCGCGCCUCACGCCGCGCCACGGCCGCCUUGUCAUCCGCGGCCAGGAGCUCGUCGUCCUCCUCGGCCUCGUUCGACGCGGCCGCCUUCGAGGCCGAGCGGCUCCGCCUGGACGCCGCGGCGCGGGCCGGGAUGGAGUCCGCCGCGGCGGCGGCGGAGGCGGACCCGCGGGCCUGGAAGUGGGCGAUACGGAAGCGGGUGUGGGACGCGCUCGAGGCCGAGGGCGUCGCGCGGGACCCACGCCCCGUCCACCACCGCAUCCCCAACUUCGACGGCGCACCCGCCGCUGCAGACGCGUUGGGGAGGCUUGACAUAUUUCAGAAUUCCCAGUGUGUAAAGGUCAAUCCUGACACACCUCAGAAGCAAGUUCGGUUCUUAACACUGUCAGGUGAUAAAAAGCUGUUGACUCCGCAACCUCGGCUAAGGACAGGGUUUUUCUCAGUUAUGGACUCUCAAAUGAUACCCGUUGGGUGCAUUCCUGAAGCAUGCACUUCUGUUGGUGCAGCUAAAUAUGGGAGGCCAAUAGGUUUAGAUGAAAGCCUUAAGGUGGAUUUGAUUGUGAUUGGGUCAGUGGCAGUUGAUCCAAGUUCAGGAGCACGGUUAGGGAAGGGAGAGGGAUUUGCAGAGCUGGAAUAUGGAAUGCUUCGCUAUAUGGGAGCUAUAGAUGAUUCAACCAUGAUAGUAACUACUGUGCAUGACAAGCAGUUAGUGGAUGACAUUCCAGUGGAGAAGCUGCUAGUUCAUGAUGUGCCAGUUGACAUUAUCUGCACCCCUACUCAGGUCAUCUUCACGAAGACUACCAUCCCAAAGCCACAAGGGAUUUACUGGGAAAAGUUAUCUCCAGAAAAAUUGGGCCAAAUCCGAAUUCUAAGAGAGCUGAAGCAACGUAUAGAGCAAGAGACAGGAACUAUACUUCCUUGUGGACCUUCAGAGAAGCUACCACCAACAGCUCAGAGAAAGCAGAGGUGGCGGCGGCGACGAUGA